UUGUAAUUCAAUACGCAAACGAUCAUAAUAAACAUUCAUAUUUCCCCAUGACGUCAUCCGGCGACUUUUUGAGCACGCUUUAGCUACUUUGCUCUGAAAAGAGCUGAGAGAAAAUCUGAUUCUUCUGUCGCUCUCCACCUUCAAGAACCAAAAAAAAAACAUCUUUACGUAAUUUUAUGGAAAUAUAAAACUAAUUUAAUAACGCAAUUAAUUACGCUGUAUUCUGGUUGCUAUGUAAACGCUCGAGCACGGUGCGUCGUUGCCAAGAGGAAGCGGAAGUACGGAGACUAAAAUAGGUUCAAUCCCGAAUGCCUUAGUGCUCCCUACACCAGUGAACUAUGUAGGGUGCGAAAAUAAUGGCUUCCACGCCCUGACGAGUGCACUACAUGUGUAACAGAGAGUGUGUUGAGAGUUUACCUCUAAAUUUAUCCUCUGAUUAAAGCAGGGUUUGCGUUUUAUGUACCGCUUUUGGCUUAAGAUACGCUUUGUUUUUGUUUUUUUAAUGAAUUUGGUGUCUUAAGAGACUCCAGUUGGAGCUGAGGGAAAUCCUGUAGUCUGAUGCAGGGCUGGUCGGGUUUGAUGGUGCACUGGUUUAUGGCAUUAGUACUAUGGCCUCUGAGUGAAACACAAUGAAGGGCAGAAGGAUGCAGGGAUAAAGCAGUGCAAGGCUGCAUGAUUUUAUGAGCACUGCUCAGGAUUUACACAGUUUAGUCACCUGGGAUGUUAUUCAGUCUGAGCUUCGUCCAUGUGUAGGGUGUAGAGCUUGCUGUGGAUCUGUAACUGCAUUCAUCUGCACUGUAAUCUCUCUCUGUAUCUAUAUCUAUCUAUAUAUCUAUAUAUUUAUAUAUCUAUAUAUCUACACUGCUAUGGAUUUCCCCUUCGACCUGAGCUCUCUGUUCCCGGAGAGGAUCUCAGUGCUGGAUCACAAUCUGUGUGCUGCUCGCAAACCUCACGGAAGACCUGAAGCCCAGAGUCAGACUGCCACUGUUAUUGAUGAGUUAGGGAAAGCCUCAGCCAAGGCCCAGAAGCUGCCUGCGCCGAUAACGAGUGCAGCAAAGCUUCAGGCCAACAAACAUUACCUCUACCUGCUGAAGGAUGGAGAGCGGAAGGGAGGCCGUGGAGUUGCAGUAGGAUACCUGAAGGUCGGAUACAAGAAGCUCUUUCUCCUUGACCAGCGGGGGGCGCAUGUGGAGACCGAGCCUCUGUGUGUGCUGGAUUUUUAUGUGACUGAGAGCUUGCAGAGACAUGGAUAUGGGCUGGAGCUGUUCCACUUCAUGCUCCAACACAAGAAGGUGGAGCCUGAACAGAUGGCUUAUGACAGACCUUCCAUGAAAUUCCUGGCCUUUCUAGAGAAACACUUUGAACUUAAACACAGUGUGCCUCAGGUGAAUAACUUUGUGGUGUUUGAGGGCUUCUUCAGGAACAGAUCAGGCGCUCCUUCCUCCCCUGUGACGGAUCAGGGGAUGUACGGCUUUUUCGGCCCAGCUGAGAAAAGCUCCUCCAAAAAAGCCAGAGGGAGAGAUCAAACCAUAUUCACUAAUGGAGAGAGAGGCUGUGAGAGAGGAGCAGAAGGCCCUCCCAUGGCCAUUCAUCCGCUCCACGGCCGUUCCCCAAUCUCCUCCACUGGCGGCAUCCUCCCCGUUCUCUCGCUCCCUGAGCGUGGGCUCGUCCCCCAGCCACACUCCUCAUCCUCAACCUCACAUUCCUCCACACCUGGCCGACAACUGCAGGACAAAACGCACCAGCACUCAGGGUUUGGUUGCCAGAAACAACCUCUACAGUCGCCAUGUGAACAGCAGAGGCCUCGGGCUCUUAAUGGCGGAACAGCUGAAGCUGCCAGUUGUUGUGUGUGUGCUUCCUCAGGGUUGAAGCCAGUGCUCAGUGAGAGAGUGUGUGACGCAGGGGGACAGGCUGACACACUGGGACACACAAACACAGCAGAAAGCACACACCUCCAGGGCUCAUCUGUGUUUCUGCCACCGCUCCCAGGCGUUCUCAGGCAGCAGGCCUCUGACCAGGUGGCUUUAAACAAUGCGAGCAGUGUACUGGAUUCCAGGACAGCGAGGAAGCCGGGGCACGAGGAACGAGCGGCGGAGGUGGAGAGAGAUGGCUGGUCCUGGACGGUGGGCGAAAAGCGAUGCGCGGCCCAGUGGGUCAGACAGAAACAUGAAUUUCGCAGCACACGGCCGUGGUGAUGUGAGCAAGAAAAGAAACGCUGGAUGGAGAUCAGAGGGAAGAAAGGAACUCAAGGACAUGAGGGGGGAAGCUAAACAAAACAGGGAUAAGAAAAGAAUGAUAUGAAGAGCUUCCUGAAAGCUAGAACGGAACAUUAAAAAAAAAAUUAAGCCAUAAAACACACAAGAUUGAGCAACUCCGAUGUGGCAGCUAGAGGUUUACAAAUGUUUGUAGCCAUGCAUUAAAAUGCCUCGAUUUUCUAAGUAUUUAAGCAGUAUUAUGUAAAGUCAGGGAUUUUUGUAUUUCAAAAUAAAUUAAAGGCAAAUGGAUCAACUGGAGCAACUUUAUUUUUUAACCACCAUUACCUAAAUUCACACAAAAUGUGACACAAUCUUAACAAAGUGCUAUGUUUUGUAGGAUAGACAUGUCAAACAUCCCAGUUUUCCAUUGAAACAUCCUAAAAAUAAUAUUAAGAGCUCUUAAGUCAAGAAAAUGAAACUCUUGUGGCUCAUUAAACAGCCAUUUAGUGCAGCACUCAACAUUUAAUCCAGUGGACUUGUUGAAAAGACUAAAUGACAUGUCAGAGUGGGAUUUCACACAGUGAAUAUGGCCACAUUUCCAGCUCUUAUACAACUGAGAAAGCCUUGAAAGCCAGUCUCGCUCUAUAACAUUCACUUGUGUAUCCAGCCUGCAGCAGAACUCCACAAGAGACACUAAAGGAGACGAGGACAUUAAAAGGACAGUGGUGCUCUUGUUACGAAGGUGGUCCAACAACAAAAAAAGACAACAAUGUAUCUUGUGACUAAUGUAGAAGGAUCAGAAACAAUAAAACAUGCUGUGACUUCUGUUUA